CGAUCCCUUCGUUGCGGGAAGAUCGCUUCGACAUGCAGCCCUCGUCCUUUGCUGCGUCCUCGGGCCUUGCCAAGUACGCCCUUGCCCCUCCUCAGGACAUGUUGCUCAAUCCAACGCUGGGCUAUGCCGACGUCUAUCCCCAGCGGCCGCACCAGGACGAGGAUCUGCUGACCGAGUCGAACGCAAAGGAGGGAUUCAAAGACCGAGCCAUCGUCCAGAAGGAAACCUUUUCGCUUCAAGAUCUCACAUACGACAAGUUCCAUGAGAAGCGCAUCCUGCAGACCCUCAGUGGCUUCGUGGCUGAGGUGCAGGCACACAAGCAAAAGCUGUCGCUCAUUCCAAGAAACCUCAAAUACAAGAUCGAAGAGGUUAAGCGGAGUCUCUAUGCUAGCCUGCACAAAGCAUCCGACGGCCAGACGCUGCUGGAGAUUGUCAAGAACCCAAAUAUGGAUGUCCGAGCGGAUCGCCUCAUCGACUUUGUCAUCCAGAAGCAGGUUCCGAUCCUCAGAGCAGUUCUAUACUGCAAGGCAUUCUGUCUCGUCGAGCAGAUGAGUCGCCUUCCAUCCGGAAGCUCAGGAGAAGAAGGUUGCCGAUGGUGGACCGGACGGAUGUGGCAGUAUCAAGACGGACUGCUGGCCAAGAUCAGCAGCUCGUCAGGCUCUGCCCGAGGAAACUCACAGAUCGCCACCGCGGCCCGCAGUCUCGUCGCCACAUGGCGAUACAGCAUGCGAUUCCUGCUGUAUCAGAACUACGAGGGACUGAUCGACCAAAAGACGCUUCUUCUGAGACUCACCAGCAGCUUCGCGGAGCCCAAGUCUGAUCAGACCCACUUUUUGGUCGAUAUCCUCAAGGCGCUACUCGACGAUAUCUGCCGGACACGCACGCUUACAAGGAUUUUGAUUGAAUCGUGUGUCAACAAACUGGGCCGACUUGGUCUGAGCUCGGCGUCGCCCGCCCUUGCAGUGGAGCAGCGCAACGCCGUCCUCAACCUCCUCUGCGCGACAAUUCUCAAGGCGCCUGAUUCUGUCAUAUCUCCGCAACACUGGCUUGCCCACGAAAGGGUAUUCAAGCACGCGCUGGGCGCCGAAGUUCGAUCGGUGCUGAGCUCGGAUAAGAAUAGGGGAAUGGCGCAGCAUCUGAGGCAGCAGCAGCUCAGCAUCGAGUGCCGCAAUCGGGAUCUGCUCGACUCAUGGGACAGCGAAAACUUUGCUGACUAUCUCUCAAAGGUUCAGGUUCAAUACAACCAUCUCGCUCCGCCGAUACUAGAGCUGCAGGUCAACGAAUCCAUCUAUCGCACGUGGCACAAGUAUAUAGAACUGGAGUUGAGUCGGGAGACAAGCUCAAACGUACAGCAACCGGCGUCGCUCUUACCCGAAUCGCCGCCGUCCGAACCUGCGGCCGUGCUCCGAUUGCUCUGCCGACAUGUUCACGCUCUCUGCGACUGGGCUGUGCACACGCCCUUUUACAAGGGCUUUGAAAUCGACGCCGGAUCUUUGCUUACUGAGGAGCCAAGGCCGUUGGCGACGCGACAGCAGUGUUAUUUUGUGAUGUGGAUGCUCUCCAAAGCUCUGGCCAGUGCGGAGGGACACAUGGCCGCUCUCACCAAGGGCACCCUCCAAGAUAUUUUGUUGAACUACCUCGACAAAGCUGCAGUUCAGGUGCCGGACAAAACAGUGUCCCGCUGCAUUGCGUCGCUAUUUUCUGUGCUGGUCCACACGAACCUGUUCUCCUACACACAAUUCUUGGAACGCCUUGUCGCCCGCGGAGAUCUGGAGUACCGUGAGGCUGGAGAUUCUCGCUCCCUUUGGCGGGCGAUGCUGCUCAAAGAACUUUGUCCGCUGGACCUGAGUCCGCACUACAGCAUCCUUUGCGAUAACCUUGUGAGACACAACGAAGCCCAGUCGCCACAAAGCCAAUACGAGCUAGCCCAGACUUUGGUAAUGGAUCUGCUCCAGCCCAUGUUCAAGAAUAGAGCGCUGGAUAUCAGUCGCGAGAACCCGCGCUGGGAUACCACCGACGAGUAUAUCCGGUCUCGGAAGAUCGACACUACCAAGAUUACCGCCGUGCUCGGUCAGGAUUUAUCCUGGUCCGACAAAGCCCGACUCGCACGGUGGAUUGUGGAAUCGUGUUUGGACUACAAAGUCAAGGAUGUCCAAAUCGAUGUGACGAACUGGCGGAACUUGACGACACCCGGGAGCUCACUGCUCAACGUCCGCCAGUUCUGCGCCGUCGUUAAUUUGCUCGAGAUUCUCUCUGACCCGCUUGGAAUUCUUGAGGUCUCGCUGUGGAUGCUCCAGAAAAGCACCGACAAGGGCAUGUACCCAUUGGUGAUAGAUGCCCUGCGGCGGCACGAAUUCGAGUAUCUGUGCUUUGGCCGGAUCGACGACAUCACCGAGGGGCUGACGAAAAAAUACCAGAGCCACAAGGGGAGCCAGUAUCUGCAGUUUUAUCUCGACUAUCUGCAGCUGGCCGAUUACACAGGUCUGCGAUUGGAUCCGGCACAAUCUAAGCUGGCCGCUCUGGAGCUGCCUGGAACCACCCACCAUGCUGAGAAGAUCCCUAUGGAGUUCAAGGCCGUUCGUGACUUGGUGGAUACCCCGUCGUCUAUUCACGAGAAGGCAUCGGAGCUGUACCACAGCUUCCACAACAACCCUGAGGCCGUGCGCCGCAUCUUUCUCUAUGACCUGGAUCUAUUGCGAAAGUCCUAUCCGAUCAAGAAGAGCGUCUUCGACUUUCGGCGCAAGCUCGAAGUGCACGUCGAGGUGCUCCGGCAGCUGAACGAAACAUCGCUGUUCCUCGAUGAUGUCAUCAUCGACUAUUUGAAAGAGCAUUACCUCACUCCUCUUUUGAGCACUUCGAGCGCUCCGGUCACGGGCGAGUUCCGCAAGCCACCGGCGGGGUCGGCCACACAUGGCAGUGUCAAGCACGGCGAGCUCCUGGACGCCGGAGGCGGGCCUGCUUCCUGGUUUAUCACGCUGCUUGUGCUGCUUGUGUGCCGGCGGUGCUGCUCGCCUCUGUCUCUUCUCAAGAGACUCUGCGAGCCGCUGUUCCGAUGCAUAUCAAGCCACUUGUUGCUUGGUAUCGCUGUGGAUCUCAACCUGCUCUCGAAUGUGGUGCUGUUGACGCGAUGUAUACUGGUUGUUGAUUCGGUUGCAAACGUCAACGAGCGACUCUUUUUGACGCAGCAGGACCUCCACGCUCUCCACACGAUUCGACACUGCGAGCUCCGCUCGACAGAGGGUCUGUGCUGCGUCGUCAAGAUCUUCCAUUUGCUCGCGAAGAUCGCAUCUCACUUCGAGUCCGAGCGCACACCCUCCAGUGAAAGCCUGCCUGUGAUCGAACAAAUCUCGAUCACGCUCAAGAUGCUGACGAACGACUCGUGCUGGUUCAAGCGUGCCAUCCACAGCAACUUGGAGUGGUCCUAUGAGAAUAUGAUCGCGGUCCUGCUUCAGACGGAUCUCCUGCCGAGCGCUCCGGAGCCAAGCAACCCUGGCAAGACACCGUCGGCAGGACCAAGCACGCCCGUGCCCACCAAGACCGGACAGGGCCAUUCCAAGACCGGGGAGCGCAAAAAGAAAGGAUCGAUUGUGGCGCCUACGCCGCCUUCGGAGAAGCCUGUCGCCACACCCACAUCAGCGCCAGCCGAGGUUCCGCGCCUGGCACACCUGCUUGCAUGCAAGAGUGUGCUAUGGCGCCACCUGUCGCUGCUCCAGAUGAACAGCCUGACAGCCCUUGACCAGCAGCGCCUCCCGCAUACUCUGGACGACCUGGUACCGAUCUUUGCUGCUUCGAUCGCGCAGCUCAGCCAACGGAGCUUUGGCCAAGAGCGCCAGGUGAUCCUAGCAAUGCUCUGCUUCCUUGACGGCUGCCAGAAGGCUGCCUGGGCAGAGAGUGAUCAAGAUGCCGCUCAACUCCUGGGUGGAUUGAGCGCUGAGCAGUUCGGCGACUCUAUCGUCACCAACUUUGCCAAAGCCUUCUUCCUCAGCAUUGAUGCGACAACGCCAGUCCUUGUGCGCCGCUUGCUUCAGAGCAUGCCCCUUGACUUUGUGCGGCCCCUGUCGCAGAAGAUCGUCGCAGGAAUGAUGGUGCCCUUGGGGAGUGAUACUUUGGCACAAGCAAGCAAUUCGAUCGAGGCGCUUGUUUCCUCAAAGACACAGUCGUCACUGUCGGCGCUGCAAGCUGCCAUAUCACUUGUGCGAAUCGUGGUGCAACAUGACACACAAAGUGUGGUGCCGACUCCGAGCACCUCCACGUCCAAAACCAAUCCCGUACCGGUCGACGUUAUCAAACCAUGGAUACCCCUCGCAAGCACGCUCCAUACGCAGAUACGAUGGUUCUACGACUAUGCCAAGGUAGGCGAUGCCCUGCUUAGCGAAUGGCUCACGGUGCAGCUUCACUUACAUAGGCUUACUGCCUCGAUCUGCGCUGAAAGUCAUCAAUAGGGCAAGCUGCUGUCCCACAGAGCGCCAUGGCGCCGCAACCAUCGGAAAGUAAUGCUGUGGAACUUGGGUUCAUGCGCAAGAGG